CGCCAGGCGGAAGUGAGCGGAGCGGAGAGGGAAAACAGCACUCCUUUCCGGUGUAGGGGUACAGUUGAAGUAGCUAGCGACGAGGGAGGAGUCGUUCGUGAGCUUUCCCAUCAGAUCAGAUCGGGGGCCAGAAAGGUCCAGUCCUCUCUGCGUGGCCCCCUCUGGUCACACAGCCCUGCAACUGCCCUUUCCUGACCCCCCGGGAUGACGCGCCACGGCAAGAACUGCACGGCGGGGGCCGUCUACACCUACCAUGAGAAGAAGAAGGACACAGCGGCCUCAGGCUACGGCACCCAGAACAUUCGACUGAGCCGGGAUGCCGUCAAGGACUUCGAUUGCUGCUGCCUGUCUCUGCAGCCCUGCCACGACCCUGUUGUUACCCCCGAUGGCUACCUAUAUGAGCGGGAGGCAAUCCUAGAGUACAUUUUGCACCAGAAGAAGGAGAUCGCCCGGCAGAUGAAGGCCUACGAGAAGCAGCGGGGCGCCCGGCGUGAGGAGCAGAAGGGGCUGCGGCAGGCGGCCGCGCAGGACCAGGUGCGGGGCUUCCUGGAGAAGGAGGCGGCCAUCGUGAGCCGGCCCCUUAACCCCUUCACGCCCAAGGCCGCCUCCGGGAACUGCCCAGAUGAUGUCCGACCCGGGUCCAGUGCGGGCCCCACAGGCAAGGACAAGGACAAAGCGCUGCCCAGCUUCUGGAUCCCAUCGCUGACCCCCGAGGCCAAGGCCACCAAGCUGGAGAAGCCGUCGCGCAUCGUGACCUGCCCCAUGUCCGGGAGGCCGCUGCGCAUGUCCGACCUGACGCCCGUGCGCUUCACGCCGCUCGACAGCUCCGUGGACCGCGUGGGGCUCAUCACGCGCAGUGAGCGCUACGUGUGCGCCGUGACCCGCGACAGCCUGAGCAACUCCACGCCGUGCGCUGUCCUGCGGCCCUCUGGGGCCGUGGUCACCGUGGAGUGCGUGGAGAAGCUGAUUCGCAAGGACAUGGUGGACCCCGUGACCGGAGGGAAGCUCACGGACCGCGACAUCAUCGUGCUGCAGCGGGGCGGCACGGGCUUCGCGGGCUCCGGAGUGAAGCUGCAGGCCGAGAAGUCCCGGCCGGUGAUGCAGGCCUGAGCGCGCGGGAAACCAAAUAAAUGGGCUUGUUGGACGCGA